AUGGAGCCCAGGAACAUGGAUUUGCCACUGUGGUCGACAGAGGAGUGUUGUGUUCAGUGCUGCACCACUCUGAUCCGAGGGGUCAUGCAGCUCGAUCCUGUGAGGUCACAGCCGCACACCCGGCAGCCUCGGGAGCUCCGCUCUGCACCACCAGCUCCCCACGGUGCCCGGGCAUCACAGACCACCAUGGAACAGACCCCAGGGGCUGGGGCAAAGGCGGUCAUACUUUCCCUGGGAGAAAUCGGCAAAGUGAGCCACAGCAACUUGGAUGGGAACAAUGACUUUGACGAGCAGUUGCGAAUGCGAGAAUUGUAUGAAAACACCAAGGAUGGAGACACCCAGAAAGAUCCCCUGCAGCCGCCAGAUGACAUCUGCUACGAAUGGGACCUGGACAGAAAGAAGUCUUGUUUCUCCAAGAUCACUGAGCAUUUCACUGCUACACAUCAGGCCAAUUGUGGCUUUUCUAGUGAUGGAGCGUCAAGCUCUGCUGCAAAUGUACAAGAUGUUAGUGCUAGGCUUGCAGAGGAACCACCACAAAGAAAAGUCCCUGAACCCACUGAUCCCCAAAAAGAAAAAGACAGUGAAUCAGAUGGUUUCAUACACAAAAAGUACAAAUGUUACUUGCCUUUGGACAUUAUAAUGCACAAAUUUAUAUAGCUCAGAUCCAGGUUUGGCAUUAUUAUGAGAGAUCCUCAAACAGAAGAAUUUAAGGUCAAGUUUUACAAAGAUAAUGAAGGAAAUCUAAAAGGAGAUGGGAUUUACUGUUAUUUGAAGAUGGAAUCUGUGGAUCUCACAUUAAAACUUUUGGAUGAAGUUGAAAUUAGAGGCUACAGAUUGCAUGUUGAGUUAGCAAAGUUUCAACUGAAGGGGAUGAGGGAAUAUGGUGCCUUUAAGAGAAAGAAGAAUUGUAAGGACUGCAAGAAAAAGCUGUCUCAGCAACAAAAGCAUUUGGAUUGGAGACCUGAGAGAAGGGAUGGGCCAUCCCAAAUGCAUUGUGAGUGAGUGGUCAUCAUUGAAAAUAUGUUUCAUCCUGUGGAUUUUGAGGGUGAUCCAUUGGUGCUGAAUGAGAUCAGAGAUCUUCGAGUAGAGUGUUCAGAGUCUGAACACAUUAGGAAGCUCCUUCUUUCUGAUAGACACCCAGAUGGUAUGACCUCUGUGUCCUUCAGGAAUCCAGAAGAUUAUUGUAUUCAAACCUUUGAUGGACAGUGGUUUGGUGGCCACCAAAUCCCUGCCCGAGCAUGGGAUGGAACUAGCGAUUUUCAGGUGGAAGAGACCAUAAGUGAAAGGGAGGAAAGUCUGAAAGAAUGGGUGGCUUUCCUCAGUACUCCUGAGGCCACUAAAGGUCUUCAGUGUUCAGAUUCCAUGUGUGCUUCAGAAAGGGCAGGGCCUUCCACCAGGGAAUCUAGACCAAAAUGUUUUUUAGAGCACCCUAGCACAUCUACAGUGAAUGCUCAAGAAGCUGCAGCUGAAGUGGAAUUCGAAGAACCUAUAAUACAAAGCCAUUGCAUCAACCAGCUGGUUUGUAGAGAUCUAGCCUUUUCUAAGCCUCUUUGUAACCUUGGGGCUGUUAUCAUCGUCACUCUACCCCUGAUGGACCAGCAGGUGAUAUCCAAGACAAGAGAAUGA